CUAUCCGCUUGUUUACGACUCUUCCGAUAGCGUGCAGUUGGCCAACUUGCCAGAGUCGCGGCGGCGCUACUAUCUUUUGUGUUGGCUUGGCGCCUUCCUGUGUCGGUGUGAUCGUUGUAGUAGUGAUUGUGUUACACGUUUCAAAAUGGCUGGUGGUAAAGCGGGUAAAGAUUCAGGCAAAGCUAAGGCUAAAGCAGUAUCGAGAUCAGCAAGGGCAGGACUUCAGUUCCCUGUUGGAAGAAUCCACAGACAUUUGAAAAACAGGACAACAAGUCAUGGGCGUGUUGGAGCCACAGCAGCCGUUUAUUCAGCAGCUAUUUUAGAAUAUCUUACGGCCGAGGUCCUUGAAUUAGCUGGAAAUGCUUCCAAAGAUCUGAAGGUGAAACGUAUAACCCCAAGGCAUUUGCAACUGGCUAUCAGAGGAGAUGAAGAGUUGGACAGUCUCAUCAAAGCGACCAUUGCAGGAGGUGGUGUCAUUCCUCACAUUCACAAAUCACUCAUCGGAAAGAAAGGUGGUCCUGGUGCACCCGUUUAAUCUAGAAUUAUCAAGACUUCAUAUUGCAUUUGGCUCUGGACAAGACAUCAGCAUUUCAAAACUCAUCAUGCAAUCGGUAAACAUAGUUUUCUAAAUAGUGAUGUAUUGGAGCAGUGAUGUGGCUACAGAGAACUAUUUGUCCGGACUUGUAGCUUGUAAGAAUUAGUUAUAUUUUAGCAUUAAGGAGAUUUAUGAUUGUAUUAGAAUUGAGUUUGAAUUUCUUGGUUUGUUAACUGAAUUUUGUAUUUGCAAAAAACUAAAUGCUCUGUUUAUAAAUUGUCUUGCCACCAGGUGCAACUUCUUUUGUGAAAUUGAAUUUGGUGCAACAUAAUUUUUACUUCUAUUGACGACAUACAACAUUGUAAUUUUAGGCUAUAAGCUACUUUAUUCAGCAUUUUGUAUUGUUUUUUUUUUACAUACUGUAAUAAUGAUGGUCAAUACAUGUAUGUUGUUCUAAAUUGUAAUUUGGUAUGAUUGAACUGUUACAAGUUGUAAGAAAUGUAUUUUGAUCUUUAAAAUAUAAUGAAGGACCUAAGAAU